AGAGGAGGUCAGCUGAUUGACUUUAUCCAUCCGAUCCCGGCGGUUUGAUUUUUCCUAUAUUAGACUCAGCUGUUAUUUGAAGAGCACUAGUCCAGUCGGUCACGUUAUAAUAUUUUGAUAUUCUGUGUUUGUGGAUUUGAUGAAAAUCUGCAGCGUUAUGAAAGGUCUGUACUGCCGAGCUGUCAGUGAUGCUGAACCCAAGUUCGUUAUCCAGGAAAUGACUCUCCCAGAUGUCCUGAGCAGCCAUCAGGUCAGAGUUCAGGUGAAGGCGUGUGGACUCAGCCCACUGGACCUUAAGCUGUUCAGAGAUGUCGGGAUGCAGAGGGAUUUAAUCCCUGUCGGCAGAGAGGUGGCCGGGGUCGUCCUUCAAGUUGGUCCCAAGGUUACCUUCUUUCAGCCGGAUGACGAGGUUGUAGGUAUCCUUCCCCUGGACUCCAGCUUCUCGGGACUCUGUGAGGUCAUUGACACCGAUGAAUAUUAUUUAGUUCAGAAGCCAGAGAAGCUCAGCUCGGUGUGUGUGGCAGCAGCGCUGCGUGACGGCCUUUGCGCUUACACUGCUCUGCACACACAUGCUCGUAUGGCGGCCGGACACACGCUCCUGGUCACGGACGGAGCCAGCUCUUUUGGCCUCAUGUGUAUCCAGCUGGCUUGUUACCACGGGGCGAAGGUGCUGACGACGUCACACUCGCCACAGAAUCACACUUUCCUUGAGCAGCUUCGGCCCAGCGUAGGUGUUCAGGAUCCCUUAGUAGUCAGAGUUAUUCCAGUGUAUAACAGCUCAUCAGAACUGCUGUCGGCGGUUAUGGAGGAGACGGGAGGACUGGGAGUGGAUAUCGUUGUUGACUCUGGAGUUCAUCUGCAUGAAGGGGAGGAGGAAGUGGAGUCAGAAGAGAAGAAAUUACUUCCACACAAACAUGACAUCAUCAGUGUGCUGGGAGUGGGCGGCCACUGGGUUACAUCCCACCAAGACCUGCAGUUGGACCCUCCAGAUUGCAGAUUACUUUAUUUAAAAUCAGCCUCUGUGUCCUUCCUAAACCCUGAAGUCUGGACAGCAUCAUCAUCACAGCAAGGAAGAUACCUCCAUAUUCUGAAGGAUAUCGUGGAGAAGAUGUCAAGCGGAGUACUCAGGCCUCAGCCCGAGGAAGCAGUCCCCCUCUAUGAAGCCACAGUUGCCAUGGAGACUGUCCAGCGUCACCCAAAGACGAAGGCUGUUGUUCAGCUCUGACCUAACUAAUCACAUUAUGCAGAGAUAAAAGAAAACAGCUCAGCUGGAUCACUUCUCUCUGCAGUGACACUCUGUUCCAAUCAGUCACUGUUUACUUGUUAACACAGAACUAUGAUCUGUUUCAGGCCCAAUAAUAUGAUAACAACAGGAAAAAAGGCGCUCAAUCAUUACCUGCUUGAGUUUCAGAGUCACCUGGACAGUUUUACUUCACACUGCAGAAGAAACUCUUUUCCCAGAGCCAGUGAUAUCCAUAAAAAUCUGAUCACUCUUCAUCACCUAAUGUUUGUUUAGAAAUGCACAAGGUGUCAUCUGACUCAAUAAAAUCAUAUUUCAUUAAAAAA